AUGGCGGCAACUGCUUCGAAUUCUUUGGCUUCGGAUCUGCUGAGAAUUUCUCCCAUUACCCAAGGCGCUGCCCACCUUCUAGCGUUAUUAUUUGGGAUCUGCUAUGUCGGCUCCCUUUAUGUCUCCAACAAGGCUCGCCUGAAGUUUGAAGCCAAUGCCAAAACCAUCGACGAUAAGUAUCCAAGGGCGAAACUGGCCCAUGAAAGAUGGAGGGACGAUCCAGAUGUCAUGCGAGCGCGAGUGACUGCUGUCUCCAUCGCGUCAAUCCUAUGCUGUUUGGGGGUCGUUGCGCUAGUUUGGUGGAGAUCUGAUUUGGAAGUGGAACUUUCGAAUCUUGGACCAGUAUUGUAUCUUUCGUGCUCCUACCUUGGUUUCAAGUGGGAUUUCCCAUCCGACUUUAACUGGUCGUCUUGGAGCGACAUCUCAGCCUUGGGACCGCAUGUCGUAGUCCCCGUCCUGUUCCUCGGCCCGUUGUACGCGACCUAUUUGGAUGGCACUUUACCCGGUCAACAGUUCUGGAGUCUUGACGAACAUGUCUUCGAUAAGUACUUCUCGCUCAUGGGCCUACGAACGUAUAUCCUGGGCCCAAUAACCGAAGAAAUAGUCUUUCGAUCGUGUGUGCUGACUGCUUUCCAUAUGGCGCACAUGUCGAGAAAGCAGAUGGUGUUUUUGACGCCUUUGACGUUCGGUGUUGAAAUCCUCUUCGCCUACCUGCUUGGGAUGGCCGGAUUUGUGUAUGUCCUUCCCAAGUGGACGGAGGUCGGACUAGAGAGGAGGGGGGCUGUGUGGGGCUCGGUCUGA